ACACAUCCUCAGAGCCGAGUAAAGAAUGGGCUGCCCACAGAUCCAGGGGGGCUGUAGAUCCUUGUAUGUUUCCAUGUCUGAAUGGGAAUCGUUGUCUCUAUUCAGACAUUUUUCAGGCUUUUGGAUCACACUGCCAAGCAGUUGCAAGUACUGUAGUUGCGAAUACAGGCUUGGAGCGAGAGAUGACAUGCCGAUCAUGGGGGCAAUACAAUUAUGAGACAUUUGAUGGCCUUUACUACUACUUCCCUGGCAAAUGCAGCUAUACUCUUCUGAAAGACUGUGAGGACAACCCAAAGUCAACUGUGUUAAUACAGGUCCAUAACGAUCCAGAAUGCAAUUCUAAUCCAUACUCCUGCAGGCGAUCAGUAAGCCUAUUCUUGCCAUGGGAAGGUGAGAUUAGGUUACAAGGAUUUAAUGUCACAUUCAAAGGCCAAAGUCUCCAGCUCCCUUAUAACAUUCAUGAUAUUGAGCUGGAGAGGAUCUCUGACUACAUCCUGGUAUCACACCGUGAAGUUUUCACCCUGGCAUGGCAUGGCCUUAACAGCUCCAUCUAUAUUAAGAUGAAUCCAGAAUUUGUAGGUCGCACUUGUGGACUAUGUGGGAACUUCAAUGCAGAUGUUCAUGAUGACCUGAAAACCAGUUAUGGUAUAUUCACAGAUAAUCUGGCCAUAUUUGGGAACAGUUGGAUGGAGGAGGAGCCAGAGCUAACAUGUCCGAUGGUGCCUUCUCUCUAUCCGUUUCCCUGUUCUGCACAACAACCCCAUAAUCUACUGGAAGUGGAGGAGAUGUGUACAUCUUUACUGAAAGAGCCAUUUAAAUCCUGCCAUGAAUUUGUCAGUCCAUAUUCAUACAUGGCCAGCUGCUCCAGUGACCUCUGCCUGUCUGGUUUAAGUGGUGAUAUGGUUUGCCAAGUGUUCACUGAGUAUUCCAGAGCAUGUGCUCAUGCUGGACACCCAUUACACAACUGGAGAGCACAUUUUCCUCAGUGUGGGAUUCAAUGUCCUGCAAAGCUCAUUCACAGAGAGUGUAUCAAAUGCUGUCCUGUGCACUGCAAUACUGAGCACAUCUGCAUUGACAGUAAACUACAGUGUUUGGAUGGCUGCUACUGUCCAAAUGAUCUAAUUUACGAAAAUGGCAUCUGUGUGAAGCUGUCAGACUGUCCUUGUGAACACCGGGGAAUGCUGUACCCUUCAGGACACACUAUACAGGAGGAGUGCAACAACUGCACAUGUGCUGGGGGUGUGUGGAACUGCACUGAGCAGAGUUGUCCAGGAGAGUGUUCGGUUACAGGAGACAUGUAUUUUCAGUCUUUUGAUGGACGUGUUUACACUUUCCCAGCUACAUGUCGUUAUGUUUUAGCCAAAAGCAGAAACCCAGGCGGGUUUAUUGUAACAAUCCAGAACACACCAUGUGGACCUAAUCUGGAUGGGACUUGUAUCCAGUCAGUGAGCUUGCUUCUGAAUGAGGACCCUCGCACUGAGGUCAUGCUCAGCCACAGUGGGGAGGUGUACAUGGCAAGCCAGAUCCGUAUCACUUUGCCAUAUUUUGAUGAGAUGUUUCAGAUCCAGGAGCUGUCAUCCAUGUUUGUUCAGGUAAAGUCAGCACAGGGAUUACGACUACAGUACAACUGGAAAGAGUUCCGACUGUACUUGCAGCUUGGAGAACUCUGGAGGGAUGACACAGUGGGAUUAUGUGGUACCUUCAAUGGCAACAUACAGGAUGACUUUCUUGCGCCAUCAGGUAUGAUCGAAAGCUCUCCAAACUUGUUUGGGAAUGCUUGGCGCUUGUCAUCAGCCUGUAUGCCACGGCCAAGUUUGCCCCAGCUGGAUCCAUGUGAUACUCAUCAGCAAGCCGCAUCCUAUGCCAUCGAGAAGUGUGACAUAUUGAUGCAGGAGGUAUUUGCUGUGUGUCAUGAGUAUGUGAGUCCCAUGGCCUUCCAGCUGCAGUGCCAUGCAGAUGUAUGCAGAUGUGGAACUCCAUGUCUCUGUUCUGCUCUUGCCCAUUACACACGCACCUGUAGGAAAUACAAUAUCAUUAUUGAGUUCCGCACACACGUGCCUGAAUGUGCUGUUGCAUGCCCACCAACAAUGGAAUACACUGUGUGUGUAUCAUCUUGUGAACGGCACUGCCUCUUUCUGUCACUCCCACAGUUUUGUGGAGAUGAGUGUGAGGAGGGUUGUGUGUGUCCUCAAGGAACUUACUACAGCAUGCAAACACACACCUGUGUUAAAAGGAGUGAAUGCCCAUGCUCUUUCCAGGGAGCUGAUUACUCUCCUGGAGAUGUGAUUCUGACAUCAUCUGAUAUGCAAAUUUGUCAGGAUGGAAGAUUUAUCUCACAAAGUAUUAUUACUGAUAAACUGUGCCCUCCAGGGCAAGUUUAUGAGGAUUGUGGGAAUGGUGUGAAAGGACUGUCAGCGCAUAAAGGUUUGGCUUGUGUCCAAACUUGUGAGUCAUACCUGCUUAACCUGACCUGCUCCAACUAUGAGCCCUGUGUGCCUGGCUGCAUCUGUCCACCUGAGCUUUUAAAACAUGGUGAUGAAUGUUUUGAGCCUGCUGCCUGCCCAUGUUCUUGGAAGGGUAAAGAAUAUUACCCAGGUGAUAGAGUAUCCUCACCUUGCCACCAGUGCGUGUGUCAGCAUGGUUCAUUCCAGUGUGAAUUUCGUCCGUGUCCAUCGAUGUGUACUGUAUAUGGAGACCGGCAUUAUCGUACAUUUGAUGGUUUGCAAUUUGACUAUAUUGGAGACUGUAAAGUUUACCUGUUAAAGAUUUCAACUAAUAUAACAAUGAGUGUUACAGCAGAGAAUGUGGAUUGCUUUGAAAAUGGUGUCAUCUGCAGAAAAACUCUUCUCAUUUCCAUUGGACAGUCCAUUAUUGUUUUUGAUCAUGAAAGUGGCAGACCUAAUCCAUCCAGUGCGAUUGACAGAGAAAAUGUGUAUAUUUUAAAUGCGGGCUACUUUACCAUUAUCCAUCUAGUACAGUAUGAGAUUUCAGUGCUCUGGGACAGAAAAACCACCAUCCAUAUACAAGCUGGACCUCGGUGGCAGGGUAAACUCUCUGGUCUCUGUGGAAAUUUUGAUCUGAAGACAGUAAAUGAAAUGAAAACCCCAGAUAAUAUGGAGUUAUCAACACCACAGGAGUUUGGCAACAGCUGGACAGCAGCAGAGUGUAUUAAAAGUCCUGAUAUAAGACAUCCAUGCACUUUGAAUCCAAUCCGUGAACCUUUUGCCAAAAGGCAGUGUGGGAUUCUCCUGAGCGAACUAUUCCAAGCGUGCCAUCUGGUGGUGGAUGUGACAUGGUUUUAUAUGAACUGCCUGGCAGAUACAUGCAGCUGCAGUCAUGGUGGUGACUGUGAAUGUUUUUGUACAAGUCUGGCGACAUACGCUCACAGUUGCUGCCAGCAGGGAAUUCCUAUUGACUGGCGUUUGCCCUCCCUAUGCCCAUAUGACUGUGAAUACUACAAUAAAGUUCUAGGUAAAGGCCCAUUUAAGUUGCUGACCUAUAGAGAGAAAAAUUUGCUAUUGGCAGCCAAUUGGACAAGUGGAUUGGUCUUUCUGAAGAGGCUAGUAUCCAGCACUGAUGGUGUUGUGACACAAUUCAUGAUGACUCCAGGAAUCAGUAAAUCUCGACCACAUGAUUCAUCAUUAGUAUCAUUUGAAGCAGCAGACAGGCCAAAUUAUUUCCUCUUUGCAGAGCCCAGUGGCCACUUACGACUGCACAAGUGGGAAGACAGUAGGCAAUUUUCUGAUGCAGCAACAUUUAUACUGCACAGGGACACUUGGAUCACUGGUUUUGAUUCACUAGAGUCGCUUAAGUGGCCUGGAUACUUUCUACACUACAUGCUGUAUAAAUUGCAAAUUCUGAAAUACAGUCACUCAGCACAAUAUCGCAGAGCCACUCUCUUUAAACUGGCUGGCAGCACUACAGGCUACCCAAUAAGUCCUCGGUGCCAAUGGCGUUAUGAAUCUUGCAUAAAACCGUGUUUUAGGACAUGUAGCAAUCCAGCAGCUAUGAAUUGUGUCACCAACCUGAAAGUUGAGGGAUGUCUGCCCCAGUGUCCACCUCAUAUGGUUUUGGAUGAGAUGACUCAAAGAUGUGUCUAUUUGGAGGACUGUAUUAAACCUCCAGACAUCAGUUUAACAACUACUGCUGUCCCUGAAUCCACUUUGGCUACAACAACUGUCUCGACCAUUACAUCAACAGACGCAACUGUCUUGACCAUUGCAUCAACAGACGCACCUGUCUCGACCAUUGCAUCAACAGACGGAACUGUCUCGACCAUUGCAUCAACAGAGGCCACUGUCCCGACCAUUGCAUCAACAGACGCAACUGUCUCAACAAUUGCAUCAACAGACGCAACUGUAUCGACCAUUGCAUUAACAGAGGCAACUGUCUCGACCAUUGCAUCAACAGAGGCAAUGGUCUCUACUGUUGUAUCAACAGAGGCAACUGUUUCUACCAUUGCAUCAACAGAGGCACACAAUAAUACCAUUAGUUAUACUAAGUCUUCCUUUCCAGAACCAAGCAGUACAGCUUCUACAAAUGUUACAAAUGUUACAAAUGUAACUACACACAGUUCAACCAUUUUCUCGAUGCCCAGCACUACCUCUACUACACCAAUGUCAGAUGAAUCAAUGAAGACAUCUUUGUUUCCUUCUAAGUUGCUGGCUUCUACUACUAAAACCAUUUCUGUGCCAUUUACCAAAGUGUUAACACCAAAUAUCACAAUGAAUGCAACUUUAAGAACAACAGCAACACCAUCAUUAUCUAUUAGUACAAGUACCUCUGUAGCCUCUAGCAUGGAUUUAUCAACUACCUUAGCCAAAUUAAUGACUAGGAGAAGUACUUCCCCCACUAUACUAGCAUUUACUACAGAAGGUACCAAGAAGACCACAUUACAAACUCUCAAAGUACCCCCUGGUACAACCAGCAUUGAACUUUCAAAAACUUCCACAGUUAAAAGUUCAACACCUCCUGGGAUUUUACGAGCCAGUACUCAGACUGAACUAUUUUCUGCUGAAACCUUUACAUUAACAAAGUCACUUGCAUUAGACUUAACUACAUCUGUACCCUCAGCACAUCCUAGUGUAUCGGUCCCAUUACAGACGCUUAUUGUCAUGCCACCUACAACAAUUCCAAGACAUUUCACAGAGUUAAUCACAUCAGUCAGUGAUUUCAGCACACUAAAACCAACUAUAAUGAGUGGUACAAAAGAACCUUCAGUGGCACACACCAAAUACAAAACCUUGCCUACUUCUUUGGUUGUGAUGAAAACAUCUACAACUCAUCUCCCUGUGAAACCUAGAGAGACAACACAAACUGUGUCAAAGCAACCGCUGACUACCAAACCUAAAUCAGACAUAAACACCCCAACCCAAAUCACAACUGUGCCUUCUAUGGUCUCUACAGUCAGGGCAGUAAAAACCACAGCAACUACAACCUUGCAACCAAUAUCUAUUCUCUAUACUCCUCAUGAAUCCUGGUUACCUGGUGUCCAACCUUCUGAUGAGACACACAUAACCACAUAUUUGGGAAUGAGCCAAACCUCCACUACAGGAACCAAAUCCACUGAUUCCAUCUCACCAAUUAUAUCUGAAAGCACAACUAAAGUUGUAGUGCCCACUCUGACAAGCCUCCUAAUUCCAUCUCUAACCACACACACUACAGUUCGUCCUUCAGCUAUAGCACAUGUAAUACCAACAUUACCACCUUCACAGAUUUUGCCCACGCACAUGACAACCACAAAAACUUCUCAGAUGGUGAGCAAUGGUACUUUACCUAAAGCUACCAAAGAAAGUUCCACAGAGGCGCAUUUUGGUCCCCUUUCUUACUCAUCUUCAUCCUCUGCUCAUGUCAUAGAGAAAAUCAGCACAAUGAAGACACAAACUUCUAUUUCAUCUUCCACAUCACCAGCUGAAAAAGCAAGAAAAACAACAGUUCAAGCUUAUACACCAAUGGUUAUGUCAGCAUCCACAGUUUUACCUCCAGCACAGAUGACGGGUACAGCUGGAACAUCCAAAACAGUUGAGUCUUACCCAAGAACAGAGACUGUGUUCACUUCUUACUUAUCCAGUGACAGCUCUGUGCCAACUCAAUUUCUUCCAUACACUGACAAAUAUGAACCUUCUACUAAUAAAUCAAUGCAAGCAUGGUUUCUUACAACAUCCACAUCCAGACACAGAAUGACCUCAUCCACAGAGAGAGUGCCAACAAUAGUAACUCCAAAUAUAAUCUCAACUGUUUCACCAACUGCAGAUAAAACAUCCAGGAAAACCAUAACAACACAAAUUCCUCUUCAAAUAGUCACUAAAAAGACAACAAUUACAACCAUGGACAAAAUGUUAGCUACCACUGUUUCUUUGGAGAGAGCAAGGUCUGUUUCUCAAACAAGCUCUUCAAUUCCAUUGAUAUUUUCAACCAUUUCUAGUACAAAGGCACCACUGCAAAAGACUGAAAAUAGAACUUCUUUGGGCCCUACUACAAUAUCAGUCAGUGCAAGAAUGUCAACCACUGCUUUAAUGGCAUCACCUUCUACAACUCCAGCUCCUACAAGAACAGUCUCCUUUACAACCUCCCCAUCAGAACUGGUUGAUGAGAUGCCAUCAUCAAAACAUUUAACAACAGACCAGAUACCAUCCCCAGAUACCUCCAAAUCUCCCAGCCCAGCUUUACGCAUGACAACCGCCACUCCCUACAUAACACAGACAAAACACUGGAUAGCCCCAACAGAGAAGUUGUUUCAUUUAACACCUACAUUUUUGCCCACUUCAGGAAAGGAUGGUAGUCCGAGCAAAGUCUGUAUUCCCCCAUACUCUGUGAUAGUAGAUGAGUGCACUAAGCUCAUUUGUGUGAAUGGUCAGCUGGUCUUUUUCAAUAAGUCCCAGAGCUGCUCCUAUGACUCCAGCCCUCCCAGCUGUGGUCUACUUGGCUUUGCUGUGCUGGUCAAUGGAGACAAAUGUUGCCCAAAGUGGAAGUGUCCAUGUCGCUGUUCAGUGUUUCCAGACAUAAAUGUUAUUACAUUUGAUGGGAACAGUGUAGCCCUUUACAAAGCAGCAUCAUACGUGGUGGCACAACUCAUGAAUGAGACUGUUACCAUCCUGGUGCAGGAGUGCAACAGCUUGGACAGCACACUUGUCUGGAACUUUACUAACUUGUGUCUGGCAGCUCUAAACAUUACGCAUGAUUCCAACCAUGUGCUCAUUAAUCGCUUGCAGAGACAGGUAUAUUUGAACUCAAGAUAUGCGAUGCCACGUUUAAAAAAGUAUGGUUUUGAGGUUCUGGAUACAGGAAACAUGUAUUUGAUCUGGACUCCAGCUGGUUUGAAGAUCCAAUGGUUCCACAGCACAGGCAUGAUGGUGAUUGAAACAGAGAUUUAUAGCAAUAAGGUCUCCACCAUGGGAUUGUGUGGAUGUUGUGAUGGUAACUCACUAAAUGAUUUGAUCUUACCUAAUGGUACUGUGGUGGCUGAUGGUGAAGAUCCUGCUGUAUUUAUUGAUAGCUGGCAGAUUCCAAACACCACAAGUUAUGUUAGUCAGAACCGGAGGAGGGAGGUUAAUUGCUCUACCAGCGACUGUUCUGAAUGCCUCAACAUGCUCAACAACCUCACGUUCAGUGCCUGUCAUACUUAUGUUCCACCAGCUACAUUUUGUGAAAUAUGGGUACGAGAUGCAGAGUAUGUAAAUAACCCUUGUGUGGCUCUUGCUGUAUAUGUUGCCUCCUGCUACAAAUUUAACAUUUGUAUUGAGUGGAGAAGUCCGGACUACUGCCCAUUUAUAUGUCCUGGGACAUUGCAAUACCAGGCAUGUCUGUCAGCUUGCACAGCUCCUUCGUGUCCUAAUAAGGACUUUGAGUUUGACACUGUUCAGUGUUCAGGCAUAUCUGAGGGAUGCGUGUGUCCAGAGGGGACGUUACUUCACCUACCAUACUCUGCACUCUGCAUCUCACCUGUCAAGUGUGCCUGUACUGAUAGUUCCGGAGUCCCCCGUGCCUUGGGCGAGGUAUGGAGGGCGUCAGUGGAUGGAUGUUGCAUGUAUCAAUGUGAGACUGAUGGCAUUGUGCCUGUAGAGUUUGAGUGCAGUGAAAUUCCCCAGCCAGUCUGCACACGAGCAGGGGAGAUUAGCAUUAGCCUGGCAGAUGACAACAGCUGCUGCCCCCAAAGAGUCUGUGUGUGUAAUCAGAGUGCAUGUGAAACCAAUCUGAUGGACUGUAAAUUUGGACAGAAGAUGGUAUCAUAUUUUAGACAAGACUCAUGCUGUCCAACAUACACCUGUGAGUGUGAUCCUGACCAGUGUGUGCUAGAUUUUCCUGUGUGUCGAGAGGAUCAGACACUAAUUGCUACUCGCACAGAAGGAAGCUGCUGCCUGGCACACAUUUGCAUGUGUGAUAUAUGUUCAGAGGUGGUUCCAGAGUGUGUAGAUGGAGAACUACUUACUGUGGAUUCAAACAGUACAGAUCGUUGCUGUCCAAUAUAUCACUGCUUGUGUGAGCCUUCCAGAUGUUCAGUCCCCACAUGUCCAGAGGGAAUGGUUGCUGUCUCUACUAGGGUUCUAGGGCAAUGCUGUCCAUUACAGGAAUGCAAAUGUGCAUGUGAGAGAAUCCCUCAGCCUAAUUGUGCCCUGGGUGAGAGUUUGCAAAUAGACAGAUCAUUUAUGGUAGACGCAGAGAAUCCCUGCGGCUGCAAACGCCAUCACUGUGUGAAAAGUGCAGUGUGUGUGGAUGGAAAAAGGGGAGUAAUGAGACCUGGACAAACUUUGAUGGAGCACAGUGCCUUGGGAGUCUGUUAUACUACACGAUGCACACAAACAUUUGACUCUGUCACAGGAUUCUACCUCAUAAAAGCAACCAGUAUUAACUGUACUGCACAGUGUCAGCCAAAUCAGGUUUAUGUACCUCCUAAAGACCAGAGUGCCUGUUGUGGAGUGUGUAAGAAUGUGUCUUGUAUGUACCAUAAUGACAACGGAUCUCUAGUUUUGCAAAAGCCUGGGAAGAGCUGGGUGUCUGACUGCAUGCGUUACGACUGUACAGACACACAGUCUGGACCAGUACUGGUGUCCUACUCCUAUAGCUGCCCUCCAUUUAAUGAAACCGAGUGCAUAAAGAUUGGAGGCACAGUUAUGACAUACAUGGAUGGAUGCUGCAAAACAUGCACCGGACUUUCUAUCUUCCCCUUCCCUGUUAACACACUGAAACCCACCAUUAGUACUAACUGUGACCGAGGCAAGGAGGAUGGAAAAUCAUGUCAGAAAGUAACUGUACGCAUGACAAUAAGAAAAAAUGACUGCCGCAGCAACAGACCAGUAAACAUAGUGUCAUGUGAUGGCAAGUGCCCUUCAGCAAGCAUUUAUAAUUACAACAUCAACACUUACGCACGGUUUUGUAAAUGCUGCAGGGAGAUGGGCCUUCAGCGGCGCUCUGUCCAGCUCUACUGCAGUGGUAACUCCACAUGGGUAAACUACUCAAUCCAGGAACCUACAGACUGCUCUUGUCAGUGGUCUUAAAAUAACACCCACAAACACACACACACACCUCAAAAGAGAAAUGUCAGCUUCACAAUUCUGUAUAUUAAUUUUCUCUAGAACAACAAAAGGCAUUCAAACAGUGGAGAAAAAAAAUUAUACUUUUGUAACUUGAACAAAAAGUGUUCACUGAACUUGAAUACAUUUUAUAUAGAAUUGUUGUGUCAUCACUCACAUCAAAGUGGCAGAUAUUCAGAAAUAUUUACCUAUCUGAAUAUGUUUUUUUCUUGUACAGUUCUCCUUUUAAAGUGAAGGAAAUACGUUGUUCAGUAAACCAAAUAUAUGUAUUAGAGGCAUUUAUAGAAGAUAUUACUUCUUUAUGUACUGUCUAUUAAGUGAUCAAUGAAUAUAUUAAUCUGUUGCUUUUGAAUAACCAAAACUGUGGUGUGUUUUGUAAUCUUUAAUUAUUUAUUACAUUUUUAGUACAACUUUAAAAUCCAAGAGAAAAAUUAGAACACAGAAUCCAGAAACUGAACUGAUAAUUGCUUUGUUGAGUAUUCAAGACUCAUUUUAAAUUCUAAAUGAA